UUUGGCAAGAACUCUUUCACAACAACAUAUAUGUGUGCUCUAUAUAUGGCCGUACCAAUCAGGAUUAUGCAGACGCUGGUAAUACCGUAUUACUCCAUCUGAAAGAGAAUGAUCAAAUUAGUGUGCGUGCGCAUAGGAACAGCAGCUUGUUUGGAACUUCCGAUCAAAUUUACUCGACAUUUUCUGGAACACAAUUAGUUAGAGAGGCUGAUAUUUCGUCAGGCCACGAACCAAUCGUAGCGUUUUCUGUUGGAUUAUCCCAUCAUGUAACAGUCACCAGUCAUACUAAAGUCAUAUUUGACCGAGUAUUUCUUGACCUUAACUCUGUGUAUGAUAAAAAGACUGGAGAAUUCACUGCUCCAGUUGGAGGUCUCUACGAGUUCAACUUUCACGCCCUUGGGAAGCUAGAUUCGAGAAUUUGGCUUGAGCUUUUCCAUAAUUACAGGUAUGUUAAUUCACUGUACAGUCAUACUCCCGGCCACUAUGCCACAGGCGGUAAUGCGGUAGUGUUAGAACUUGACGCUGGCGACGUUGUUUACGUCAACGCCAAUGGUGACGUGAACCUUUUCGGCGGUCAUACCCAAAUUUACUGCACAUUCACCGGAUACUUGCUAUUUGCCUCAUCUGAUCCGACAGAAAUUAUAGGAUAAACAAAACAGGAAUAUUGAAGUUUUGAGUUAAAUAUGUUUGAUUCUAUAUGUAAUAUAAAUAUCAUUGGAUUUAAACACGCGGAAAUUGACUUAAUAGUUAU